AUGGCAGACCCCGAGGACCCCCCGCGCGUUGUUGUGGGCGAUGGCGGGGAGGGCGCGGGGGAGGACGGCUCCCUCCAGAACGACUCCUUCCCGCUCUCCUCGCUGGCCAACUUGUUCGAGAGCGAGGACACCCCGACCCCCGCCGAGGCAGCGCGGGGACCCCCCGGCGCCGGGGAUGGAAAGCAAAACCUCCGCAUGAAAUUCCACGGGGCCUUUCGGAAAGGCGCCCCGAAGCCCAUGGAGCUGCUGGAGGCCACCAUCUACGAGUCCCCCGUGGUCCCCGCGCCCAAGAAAGCCCCCAUGGACUCCCUCUUCGACUACGGUACCUACCGCCACCACCCCAGYGAGAACAAGCGCUGGCGCAGGAGGACAGCCCUGCACAUCGCCAUCGAGCGCCGCUGCAAACACUACGUGGAGCUGCUGGUGGAGAAGGGAGCGGACGUCCACGCCCAGGCCCGCGGCCGCUUCUUCCAGCCUAAGGAUGAGGGCGGAUACUUCUACUUCGGCGAGCUGCCCCUCUCUCUGGCCGCCUGCACCAACCAGCCCCACAUCGUGCACUACCUGACGGAGAACGGACACAAGCAGGCGGACCUGCGGCGCCAGGACUCCCGCGGCAACACGGUGCUGCACGCCCUGGUGGCCAUCGCCGACAACACCCGCGAGAACACCAAGUUCGUCACCAAGAUGUACGACCUGCUCCUCGUCAAGUGCGCCAAGCUCUUCCCCGACACCAAUCUGGAGGCGCUGCUCAACAACGACGGCCUGUCCCCGCUCAUGAUGGCGGCCAAGACCGGCAAGAUCGGGAUCUUCCAGCACAUCAUCCGGCGGGAGAUCACGGACGAGGACGCCCGGCACCUCUCACGGAAGUUCAAGGACUGGGCGUACGGCCCCGUCUACUCCUCCCUCUAUGACCUCUCCUCACUGGACACCUGUGGGGAGGAGGUGUCUGUGCUGGAGAUCCUUGUCUAUAACAGCAAGAUUGAGAACCGCCACGAGAUGUUGGCUGUGGAGCCCAUCAAUGAGCUGCUGCGCGACAAGUGGCGCAAGUUUGGGGCUGUCUCCUUCUACAUCAGCGUGGUCUCCUACCUCAGUGCCAUGAUCAUCUUCACCCUCGUCGCCUACUACCGCCCCAUGGAAGGCCCUCCCCCCUACCCAUACACCACCACUGCUGACUACCUGCGCCUGGCUGGGGAGAUCAUCACCCUCCUCACUGGAAUCCUCUUCUUCUGCACAAACAUCAAAGACCUGUUCAUGAAGAAGUGCCCAGGUGUGAACUCCUUCUUCAUAGAUGGUUCCUUCCAGCUGCUCUACUUCAUCUACUCGGUGCUGGUGAUUGUCACGGCGGGGCUGUACCUGGGUGGCAUCGAGGCGUACCUGGCUGUCAUGGUCUUCGCGCUGGUCCUGGGCUGGAUGAACGCCCUGUACUUCACCCGUGGGCUCAAGCUGACAGGGACCUACAGCAUCAUGAUCCAGAAGAUCCUCUUCAAAGACCUGUUCCGCUUCCUUCUGGUUUACUUACUCUUCAUGAUCGGCUACGCAUCAGCCCUGGUGUCCCUCCUGAACCCGUGUCCCAGCAGCGAGUCCUGCAGUGAGAAGUCCAACUGCACAGUGCCCACCUACCCAUCCUGCCGGGACAGCCAGACCUUCAGCACCUUCCUGCUGGACCUCUUCAAGCUCACCAUCGGCAUGGGUGACCUGGAGAUGCUUGAGAGUGCCAAGUACCCCGGUGUCUUCAUCAUCCUCCUCGUCACCUACAUCAUCCUCACCUUUGUGCUCCUCCUCAACAUGCUCAUCGCCCUCAUGGGUGAGACCGUGGGCCAAGUCUCCAAGGAGAGCAAGCACAUAUGGAAGCUGCAGUGGGCCACCACCAUCCUGGACAUCGAGCGCUCCUUCCCAGUGUUCCUGCGGAAAGCCUUCCGCUCAGGGGAGAUGGUCACCGUGGGGAAGGGCACGGACGGGACGCCGGACCGCCGCUGGUGCUUCAGGGUGGACGAGGUGAACUGGUCUCACUGGAACCAGAAUCUAGGCAUCAUCAGUGAGGAUCCGGGCAAGAAUGACACAUACCAGUACUACGGCUUCUCCCACACCAUGGGCCGGCUGCGGAGAGAUCGCUGGUCGACCGUGGUGCCGCGCGUGGUGGAGCUCAACAAGAGCUGCCAGCCGGAGGAGGUGGUGGUGCCGCUGGGGACCAUGGGCACGGCGGAGCCGCGGGAGCGGCGGCACGGCCAGGCCCCGAGCUCCCUGCUCUAG